GGAGCACGUCGAAUCAGCCAGGAGCAAGCAUAUAUACAUACGUGUGUGCGGUGUAGUGAAGGCAGGCAGGAUGUCGGGGGCACAGGGGGCGCACCCGGUCGGGGAGACGACGCCGACGACGUACGGGUCGGUGGGCGGCGGGGAGAACCGCACGCGCACGGACCUGCGGUCGCGGGAGGACCAGGGCAACAUCCAGAUCGAGAAGGUGCAGGACAAGGUGGAGGACGCCGCGUCGCGCAAGAUCGACGACAGCGCCUUCGCUGCCAGGAAGGAGCCGGGCCAGGCCGGCGACGCCGGGGCGACCGGCACCGGCGCGUGAUCUGGGUUCUGUGGCGCCCUGCCGCGCGCGCUCGUUGCACGACCACGGUCGCUGCAUUUGCGCGCGGUGCGUUGUCUUGUGUAGCGAGUUUUGUUCUGUAAAAGAGUCUGCGUGUGAGCUCGCAAUAAUAAGAACUGCUUCUCAGUGUGCUUAGCAAGAUCAUUAA